AUGGGAGACGUUGCCGUGGAGAGCCCGGCGAACAGCCUCACGCCUCUUCCCAAGCCAGGCGCACUGGACGCCCUCGCGAACUUGGAUUCCCUGGAAGGAGCGGGCGCGGAUGGAAAUGAUGAAUACGCUACUCUUAAACGGUUACAGAGACACCUAGAAAGCUUGAAGCGAGAGCUUGUCCGGGCACAAGAAGAGAUCAAGCGGAUACAGAGUGUGCCGCUGGUUAUCGGGCAAUUUAUGGAGGCUAUCGAUCAGAAUACUGGUAUCGUGCAAAGCUCCACCGGAUCUAAUUACGUUGUUCGCAUCCUGUCUACACUCGACCGUGAGAAGCUGAAGCCAUCGUCAUCGGUCGCCCUGCACCGUCACUCCAACGCCCUCGUCGAUAUUCUUCCCCCUGAGGCCGAUUCAUCUAUCGCCAUGCUCGGUGACAGCGAGAAGCCAGAUGUGACCUAUGCCGAUGUUGGUGGUUUGGACAUGCAGAAGCAGGAGAUUAGGGAAGCCGUCGAAUUGCCGUUGACACACUUUGAUCUCUAUCAACAAAUUGGUAUUGAUCCUCCCCGCGGUGUCUUGCUGUAUGGCCCUCCCGGUACCGGUAAGACCAUGCUUGUCAAGGCCGUGGCCAACAGCACAACCGCCAGCUUCAUCCGCGUGAACGGUUCCGAGUUCGUUCAGAAGUAUCUAGGUGAAGGACCUCGAAUGGUUCGCGACGUGUUUCGGAUGGCACGCGAGAACUCACCCGCUAUCAUCUUCAUUGACGAAAUCGAUGCCAUUGCCACGAAGCGUUUCGAUGCUCAGACUGGUGCCGACCGUGAGGUGCAGCGUAUCUUGCUGGAAUUGCUGAACCAGAUGGACGGUUUCGAACAGACCAGCAACGUCAAGGUCAUCAUGGCCACCAACCGAGCGGAUACUUUGGACCCUGCCUUACUUCGUCCUGGUCGUCUGGACCGCAAGAUCGAAUUCCCCAACCUGCGUGAUCGACGUGAGCGCCGUCUGAUCUUCACCACCAUCGCGUCCAAGAUGUCUCUAUCUCCCGAGGUGGAUCUUGACUCCCUGAUCGUCCGCAAUGAUCCCCUUUCUGGUGCCGUGAUUGCUGCAAUCAUGCAGGAAGCCGGUCUACGGGCAGUCCGCAAAAACCGAUACAACAUCAUCCAGUCCGACCUGGACGAUGCCUAUGCCGCCCAGGUAAAGAGUGGCCAGGAUGAUGACCGUCCCGACUUCUACCGGUAA